AUGGAUUAUAAUGGCUUUUCUUUAGAGUGCUAAUCAAGUUAACAACUAUGCUAUAACACAGUGAAAGAUAUGAAAAAAAAGAACUUGAUAAACACAUUGUGGCAAAUAGUAAAUAAGAUGUCUAGGAAAAAAGAGAAAAAGGAUAAAUGGAGUGAAAGCAACGUAAGUGAGUUCUCCCAAAACAUCAAUAGAGGUGCAUUAUCAUGUUUUGCUGAACUCUGUACAGAAUUAGCAUGCAAUAAUUAAAUUAAGUAUAUACAUUUACUUUUAUAAUUAGAGAAGUCAAUCUAUCUAGAUGUAAUAUUAAUAUUUACUAUGCUAUUGAAUUGGCUAAUUUAGUUUAAAAGAAUACUAACAUCUAAGUCUUAGAAUUAGCUGGGUGUAAUCUUAAUUCAUUCUCUUUGAGUUGUAUUUUCAAAUCAGUAACAAUUACCAUAUGUGUAGAUGAUAGAUCAUACAAGACUUACACGUCUCAAUUUAUCAAACAAUAAGGGUUUCACCUUUUCUUCAGUUGAAGACUUUUGUAAAUAUGUACUCAAAGGAAAAAACCCUCUUAUUGAAAUCAAUUUAAGUUUUUGUAAUCUUGACAAUGUUUCCUUGUCUUUGAUUUUACCAAAUCUCAAAUAUUUGAGGUCUCUAAAGUAAAAUAUACUUAAUUUUAAGGCGUUUUAUCAUAUCCUUAGUAAAAUUCAAUUCUUCAGAAAGCAUUUUAGCAUUAAGUAGUGCAAUGCUUAAUUAUACAGGAAAUAAAUCACUUGAUUAUUUAGAUUUAUCUUGGAAUCGUAUUUAAAAUCAUGGAUUGGAAUUACUAAGUGUAGCUUUGUUUAUGUCAGUUAGAUAAAUCAAUAUUAGAUCAUUAAAUUUAGAAUAUAAUCAAUUAACUUAAGAUUGUAUUGAAUCAUUAGAAGCAAUUCUAUUGAAAUUAAAUAUUGAAGAAAUCAAUUUAUCAAAAAAUAAAAUCUCUGAAUUUCAAAAUUAGCAAUUAUUAAACAAAAAAAUGACAAGAAUAGAUCUUUCAUAUAACAGAUUUGAAGAAAUUCCUAAUAAUUUUUUCUUAAAUGUACUUUCUUUAAAUCUUUCAAAUAAUUCCAUAAAGACAUAAGGAGCAUAUUAGAUUUCUUAGGUUGUCAGUUCAAAAAAAGUUAUGUGGAUGGAAUUGAAUUUAAAUAAUAAUGAAAUUUCUACUUAAGGAUUUGUAUCUCUUAUAUAUGCACUCAAAGAAAAUCAAAGAUUAAUUAGUUUAUCAGUUGCUAAUAAUAAUAUAAGUGGUGAAGGAAUUUUAGUAUAUGUUUUCAAUCAUGAAUAAUUAAAUUUAUAACAUUUAGAUCUCUCUUGCAAUUAUUUAAGGUAUGAUUUAGUAUAUGCAUUAAUUUCAAUGAUGAAAGAAUGUUAAUUAAAGACUUUAGUACUAUCUAAAUUAAGAUAAGAUGAAAAUGAUAUAUGUAGUGGAAGAGAUGAAUUAUUUGAAAUCAAAUGUACUAAUUUAAGAAUGCUUGAUUUAUCUGAAAAUAGUUGUAUGAUUUCAUCUUUACUUAAUUCAUUGUCUCUUUAAUAUAAUAGAGUAGAAUAUUUAAAUCUAAAUGGUUGUUAGAUAAAUAAGAAAGUAUUGAUUGAAUCUUUAUCUUCUUUUUUAAAAAGAACAUUAAGUCUUUAAACUUUAUUAUUAGCUAGAAAUAAUUUAGGAAGUUUAGAUGAAUAAAGUUUCAAAAUUCUUAAUGAUGGAUUAUCAAGUAAUUAAUCUUUAACUCAUUUGGAUUUAUCAACAAAUAAACUUAAAAUAAAAAUACUUAAUCUUAUUAAUGGUUUAGCUAAUUGUAGAUAUUUAAAAUUUUUAAAUAUUAGUAAUAAUUUAAUUUAUGAAACAAGAAAUCUCAUACAUGAUUUUCCAAAAUUAUUUCUUAAUCCAAAUCUAUAAUCAAUAGAUAUAUCUAAGAAUUUAAUAGGAAGUCAAACCUUAUUACAUACUAGAGAAACAUUAUUUAAAUAUUAUCGACCCUUCCCUCAAAUGAAUUUAUCAAAAUAAUAAUUUACUGCAGAUGAUUUACAUAUAAUUACUUAAAUAAUUUCAGAAUGUUAAUCAAUUAAAAAGUUAGAAUUAUCAGACAAUGAUUCACUUGAUUAUAUGAAUAAUGUAAUGACAUAUGGAGAAAAUGUUAAAGUUGAAUCUUUAUCUAUAAAUAAAAUCCUAUUUAGAUAGGAUAGUUUCUUAAAUUUACUUUAUACUAUUGAAUUGAAUUUUAGACAUAUAAGAUUUUUGGAAAUUUCAAAUACUUUGUUAUUUCAAGAAUAACUUAUAUAAUUAUUAUCUUCAAUAAGAUUGAUUAAAAAUUUAGUAGUAAUAAUACUGGAUUAUUAAUCAUUUAAAGAAAAUGAUGAACAAGUACUUGAAGCCCUCUAUUCUUGUUUAAAUUGUUUUCGUAAUCUAAAACAUUUCAGUGUUAGAAAAUCUACAUUGAGUAUGCCAUUCUAUGUAUUUGUUUCUGAAUUAUUGAGAAAAUCCUAAAAAUUAUUAGAAUUAGAUUUAAGUGGUAAUGUAUUAAAUUCAAAUGAUUUUCAAAUCUUAUGUGAUGGAUUGUUUGUCAAUAAUAAUGUGACAAGUAUAUAUAAUUUAGUAAUUAGCUUUGAAUUUUCGAAAUUGCAAACUUACAGAUGAAUCCUUUUUAUUAUUAAUGCCUUGUUUACAUGCUAAAUCAUAAAUUAAGAAUCUAGAUAUUUCUUAAAAUGAGAUUACAUUAACAAUAUUAUAAAAGAUGGAGUAAUUAUUAGAAGGACAUAAAUGUUCUGUAUAGAGUUUAAAGAUAUAAAAUAUUUAAACAUAUUGGGAUAUUGAAUAGAUUCCAUUCUCUAAUAAAUUUAGUAAUCUCUUUCAUAAUUUAAAUAAUAUUGAUAUUUCAAUGAAUUAUAAAUAGAAUGAAAAUUUUAUAUUACUAUUAGAUGGAUUUAUUAAGGCUAAGAUUCUUUAGAAUGUUUAGAUAUUGAGUGUAAAUAAUUGUGGGAUUAUGGAUGAUUAAUGUUAAACACUAGCUAAUUUGAUAGAGGAUAAUGCAAUAAUUUAAGAAGUAUCUUUGAUUAGUAAUCGUUUGACUAGUAGAGGAUUUAAGACUAUAUUUGAUCCUAUUUUAAGGAAUACAAGUACUUUAUAUAAAUUGAAUGUAUCUAAGUAAAAUUAUUAAUAUUAUAAAUUUUAAGAAACUUUAUAAAAGAUCAAUAUUUCAAUGAAUUAACAUCUGCUUAGAUAGUUCCACUUAAGUAUUUUAGAUUAUUGAUAAUGGAUGGGAAUUUAUUUUAAGGAUUCAGAUAUUCUGGUUUGAUACCAUUAUUAUAAAAGAAUCCUAAAUUAUAUAUUUAUAAUAAUUGGAUUAAUGUAACUGAAAGUUUUGCAAAAUAAAUAGUUGAAUAAUAUGUGAUAUUUGUUAAUGAUUAUAAUAUUUCAAAGGGAAUACCAAAAUAUUUGACAUCUUUAAUUAUAAGGAAUACAAAAUUAAGUGAUUAAUUUUAUAUUUGGUUUGGAUCUUAAUUUUUUAGAUUACCAUAUUUAGAGUAUAUAGAUUUUAGAGGGAGUUCUGAAUAGAUGACUAGUUUGAGCAAAAUGCAUAUGUAUAUAGACAUUGUUAAUGAGAAUUUUGUGAAUUACAAUCUGAUUGAGGUUUGUUUCGAUCAGAAUUAAGAUAAUGAGUAAUAGCAUUAUUAACUAAUAGACCUAAUCAUUUUGAUGAUGGAUUGUUUAAGUAUUGGUUACAAAAUUUGAAAGAUUUCUUGUAAAAUAAAAAUCAUAUCUCAUUACAAAAGAUGGGUGUUAUUGUAAAUGAUAUAGAAUAAGUAAGAUGGGGUAAAAUAGGUAAAUGGAUUGUUCAUAUAAUUAAUACAACAUUAAAUUUGAUCUAGACUUAAAGUUAUGAUUUUAGAUUUAGUAGUUCAUUACACAGUUAUACACGCAAAUAAUUAAUAAGAAUAAGAAUUAGUAUGAUUAUAGGAACUAUAAAUGAACUAAUAAAAAUAGUUUUAGGUAUAGGUGCCAUAUUGAUGCCUAGUUAAUUGAAUAAAGUACUAUAAGAAUGUUAAAAUUUGUCUUAUUGUUUUGGUAAUGAUGUAGCUCUAGCAUUUUAUGGAGAAGCCAUUAUAAUAAUAUUUUUAGUUUUAUCAUAGUCUUGUUUCGGUCUUUGGUUUUCCAUAUAAAUCCGAUUACAUGCUACUCCUGAUUAUUGUAUCUAAACUUCAGAUAUGAUUAGAUAUUAACACUUUAAAUUUGCACAUAAAUCUGAAGUCUGGUUGUAUAUAUUACAAUUAAUCAUAUCAUUUAAUUAUUUAUUAGAAUGUAAAAUAUUAGGAUCUAUUUUUGAAAUCAUAUCAUAAAUCAAUACUAAUCAAACAAUUGAUUUUGGAGAUCUAAAAUAUGAUUUCAUUUUAGUACUCAGUUUUAUGGCAUCAUUAAUCCUAUUUAAAUCUGUCUUUUAGUUAUACAUAACAAUAAAAUCUUUACUUAUCUUUCUCUAUGCUCCUGUGGCUGAUCAAGCCAAAUUAUUUCAAGCAUGUUUUAUUAAGGUAUAAGCAGAUCAUAUGCUUAAUAUUGAAAGUGUUCUAUAAAAUUAUUGUCCUUAAAGUGGUAUAUAUAUUAAGGGGAAAUUGUGGAAUUAUAAACAACUUUUUGAACCAAUACAAGGAGUAUUAGAUUUAGGUCUUUUAAUUUGUAUAUCAGUAUUAACCAAAUUCAGAAGACAAUUCUUUUGUAUACUCUAAUUUGAAUAGUUAUAUACUACUACUGAUAUUAUUAUUCUAAUUUUUCUAUGCAAAACUUCAAUUAAAAUUAUUAAGCAUUUUUAUUGUGCUCUUAUAUCAAGACCACCUUAAUUGAAAGUGUCUGAUUUAAAUGAAGCUUUAUUAAUAAGACGUUAUUAGAAGAUGGGUAAUUCUCUAUAGAUUGUUUAGAAAUAUCCUAAAAUAUCUAUUUAGAAAUUAAAGAUAUCAUCUUCAUAAUCUAUAGGUAAGAAAAGUAGUAUUGAUUUCAAAAUGGGAGCUUAAAUAAAAACAAGAAGUGAUAGAAGUAUAAUUAUUUAAAGAGAGAGUUUAAAUGAAGAUGAUGUUGAUUAUAUUCCAGAGAGUAUUUAAAUGCCAAUGGCUCCUAUACAAAAUAAGUCUAUGAAGAAUAUCUAAUUAAAAAACUUUUGA